CCCCUGCGAAAACCCUCGCCGCUCACUUCUUUUCACGAUUCAAAACCCUCCAUCUCCCUCCCAAUCUGACCGAGAUAGAGAGGGGGGGGAGAGAUGAGCCGUUUGAUGGGCGGGGGGAGCAUGAAGGAGGGGGGGAGCGGGAGUGUUCGACCUGACACCCCACAAGAUCGCGGUGUGCCACCUCAUCCAGCUAUUCGCCCCGCCCGCCCAGCAGGCCGUGCCCUUCCCCUUCCACUCCGUCGCCCACCACAACCACCUCGGCCUCUUCCUCUUCUCCCUCAUCCGGUCCUGUGAUGAUUUUGUAGAACCUCCUUUGGAAGAACUCAUAAAUCAGCUAAAGGCAGUUGGCGGUUUAGCCAGUGAUUGGCUAAGUGAACAUUUGAUGAACAGCCUCUCAGCACUAUCUUCUCCAGAUGAUUUGUUCAACUUUUUUGACAAGCUGCGAGGUGUCCUUGCAGCCCCUGAAGGUGCAAAUUUGGAAGAUGACCAAAUCUUGCUGGAUCCCAAUAGUCAACUCGGAGUAUAUUUGCGUUGUUGUAUAUUGGCUUUCAAUCUAUUGUCUUUUGAGGGUGUCUGCCAUCUUUUGACUACUAUAGGGUCAUAUUGUAAUGCAAGUGAUGCUGCAUAUGAGUUACCUGAAGAUGAUGAUUUCAAUAAUGGAUCAGAAUUGCAUGAAUUUCUGGAGGAUGCAGAACUAGACCUUGGAACUAUUGAAUUUCAGAAGUACGGGCAUAAUUUUGAAGCUGAGACACACUCUGGAGAAUGCUCUUUGCUACAUCUUCAUGCUCCUAGGUCUCUUUACAGUCUUGUUGAAGAUGUCCAGGUUUCAGUUGAUCCCAAGUUCAAGCACGACAAUGCUGGUGCUCGAAGUAGAGAAGUUGUUUCAUCACUGAACAAUAAUUUCAGAAGUGAUGAUAAUCUAGGAAUCCUACGCUCAAGGUGGCAAAUAGAAGGAUAUCUAAAUAUGCAAGCUGAUUUCAUUGAGAAGGAUGCAAGCACAUUUUCCUUUAAUUCAUUUACUACUUAUCUAAAGCAGCUCCAAAAGCUAGCUCCGGAGCUCCAUCGUGUCCAACACUUGCAAUAUUUGAAUGCUCUAUACCAUGAUGAUUAUAUUGCUGCCUUGGACAAUCUUCACUGCUAUUUUGAUUACAGGCCCUUAAUGAAGCAGUGCGGGUUUCUCAACAGAACAAUGAUGAUCCAUGCCUUGGUUACACAUUAGCAGCCAUUUGCAACCUGUUGUCUGAGAUAGGCAUUCCAAGCACCACUGGAAUUAUUGGUUCUCCAUAUUCACUUGGAACUAGUACUGGUCUAGGUACUCCACUAUCCACCAGGCAGCAGUUACUUGUUCUUCUGAAAAGGUCACUUAAGAGAGCUGAAAGUUUGAAGCUGAUGAGUUUGUUGGCUUUCAAUCGUCUUGCAUUGGCAAAAUUUGAUCUUAAGCAUGUGAAAAGACCGUUGCUAUCUUUUGGUCCCAAAGCUUCUACAAUGCUUAGAACAUGCCCCACUAGCAUUUGCAAGGAACUGAGGUUAAGUUCCCAUGUGUUGAGGGACUUUGGAUCAGAUGGGUUAUCGCUGCAGACUGAAAAUGGUGCUUUUAGCACCUCAUGGCUUAAGAACAUUAGAGUUGCUACGAAUCCAUGGCUUAAGAACUUAAGCAAAUUGAGGAGCUCAUUAUCAAAUGAUUUUGAUAUAUUUCAAUUUGAUGCGCAACCAAGUCCAAUACCUGGAUCUAUUUUGCAAUUAGCUGGCGCAUCAUAUUUGCUCAGAGCUACUUCCUGGGAGCAUUAUGGCAGUGCCCCACUAGUUCGAACAAAUGCGUUGGUUUAUGCAACCUGUUUUGCUGAUGCUGCAAGUUUGACAGAGUUAUCACUGGCAUAUGCCAAGCUUAUCCAACAUCUAGCCGUAUUCAAAGGAUAUACAGAAGCGUUUGGUGCCCUGAAGCUUGCAGAAGAAAGGUUCCUAUCUGUAUCAAAAUCACGCAUCCAGCUGCUUAAGCUGCAGUUGCUUCAUGAGCGUGCUUUACAUCGAGGACAUCUUAAAGUUGCUCAGCAAGUAUGUUAUGAGUUUGGGGUGCUAGCCUCAUCCGUCAAUGGAGUGGACAUGGAACUUAAAACUGAGGCUAGCCUUCGACAUGCCCGUACACUACUUGCAGCCAACCAGUUUAGCCAGGCGGCAGCUGUGGCACAUUCUCUUUUUUGCACUUGCUACAAAUUCAAUCUGCAGGUUGAAAAUGCUUCUGUUCUUCUGCUGCUUGCUGAGAUACACAAGAAAUCAGGCAAUGCUGUUCUGGGGAUCCCUUAUGCCCUAGCAAGUCUGUCAUUUUGUCAAUCAUUUAACCUAGAUCUUCUUGAAGCAUCUGCGACCCUGACACUUGCUGAACUGUGGCUAUCUCUUGGAUCAAGCCAUGCAAAGAGAGCAUCAACCCUUGUACAUAGGGCUCUUCCAAUUAUUCUGGGUCAUGGAGGCUUAGAGCUACGUGCACGAGCAAAUAUUGCAGUUGCAAAAUGCCAUUUGUCAGAUACAAGCUUUUCAAUUUCUCAGGAUCCUUCUGUUGUGUUGGAUCCCCUUACUCAAGCUGCUGAAGAGCUUGAAAUUUUAGAGUAUCAUGAAUUAGCUGCAGAAGCGUUCUACUUGAUGGCUAUUGUAUAUGACAAUAUAGGAAAGCUGGAGGAAAGGGAAGCAGCAGCAGCUUCUUUUAGGAAACAUGUUAUUGCUCUUGAAAAACCACAAGAUGAAGAGGAUCCGCUUGCUCAUGGGAUUUAAGAAACAACCCGUAUGUUAUUGUUCAUGGAUGUCAAUAAUCUUAUGAGAUCUUGUAGGUCCAAGCAUACAGGAGUUACAUUGAGGAAAUGGUCCAACAUCAACCAAUGGCUUUAUUUUUGAAUGAAUGAUGAGAAAUCACGUUAAUUACCAUCCAAAUUCAAAAUACUAGAAGCAUCCUUUGCCAAUACUUCUGAUGAUAUUUUCCUGUGUAAAGAUUUAAAAAAUGAGCAAGCACCACCAGUAGGCAGCACUUGUGUGUACAGUUGUUAGCUUGAGUAAGUUCUUUGCACAUGGAUUUUGCAGAUUUUCCUUGCGAGCUAUGUGCAUAUUACUUGGCCACUCAUGAUUUUCUACGGACUUCAGUGUUCACCAGAAGUUCUGUCACGUAUUUACAAUCUUUGGUCUGCGAACCAUCCCUUUUUGAAUCUCAUGCAUUUAAAACAAUACAUUUGGCCUCACCAAACUAAUCCUUGUCCUUUAUUUUGUCUGCUAGUAUGAAAAUCUGAAUAUUUCUUUUCACUAUUUGUAUUGCAACUCCUUGAUUAUGGUAUUUCAUGAGAUACUGAUGGUA